GAAUGAAAAUAGAAUCAGUUUCCACAUGACUCAUAAACUCCACGAUCCCCUCAGCUGAGAAUUUCCUUAUGCACCUUAAUUAUAGUUUAUAUUUAAUAUUUUGCAGAUUAUAUAUUUUCUAACACCAGACGAAAAAAAUUCAGUCAGUUCAGAAUCCGGCGGCUUCCCGAAACCACCCCAGUGACACUGACAGAUUCGAGGACAGAUAAGUUACAGGCAGACAGACACAGUCUCUACCAUGAAGACAGUUGGCUUGUGGAUUAUCUCUCUGACACUGGCCAUCUCAGUGUCUUCCCAGGUCUUCCACUGGGGUCCGUGUCCGACGCCGAUGGUCCAGCCGAACUUUGACCUGAACAGGUACCUAGGAAAGUGGUAUGAAAUCGAGAAGAUCCCAGCAACCUAUGAGAAAGGUACAUGCAUCGAAACCAACUACUCCCUCAGACCUGACAAGACCAUCAGGGUUGUUUAUGCUCGGACCCGUAAAGGAAAAGUGAGGACUGCUGAGGGAACGGCCAUCAUACAGAACCAAAGAGAACCAGCUAAACUCGGAGUCAGUUUCUCAUACUUCACUCCCUACAGCCCGUACUGGGUUUUAUCCACUGAUUAUGACUCUGUAGCACUUCUCUACUCCUGCUCUGAUGUUCUCCGGCUCUUCCAUGUUGAUUACGCCUGGAUUUUGUCCCGCAGUCGUUCUCUUCCUCCUGAGACAGUCUAUCAUGCCAAGGAGGUUUUCUCUCUGGACAACAUCGACAUCAGUCGAAUGGUUCCUACUGAUCAGCACGGCUGUGAGGGCGGGCCUUAAAACUACCACCACCACAUACAUAGGCCUAUAUGAUGGAUGAAUAUACACGCUUUAAUAAGCGCAGAUUGAAAAUGCUUACAAUGUCUUUCUUUCAUAAUCACUUUUAUUUGUGUGCAUUUACUUUUAGACCUAAUCAAUAUGAACAUGGAUGAAUUAUUACUAUUGCUUUAAAUAAAAAGUGCUUAAUUCCAUAAACAAA